GGCAUAUAAACGCAGGGAGCGCUCAUACUUGAAUGAUUAUACAGGUACGCUCUAGAUUCCUUGGUGGAUGUACGAUAUCCGAAUUGACUUACUUAUUACGUAAAUGUAGAUGUCUAAAUCUUAGGAUGUAUAAAGAGUAGCUCUCAUGUUCACCGUUCUGAUUCAAUACAACUUUUGGAGCUGGACAUUUCCCGGGGAUAGUUGACCAGAUUGGACAAAACGUUUUGGUAAAAGCCGACAGAAUACAGAUUUUGUAUUGGAGUGAAUCACAGAGGCUGGAGAGGCUGAUCGUCAUCAUGAAGGGUGUACCUCAGGACUUGCUGAGAGGGUUUGGGUUGCUAUUCUUUGCCCAAACAGUACUUUCUAUGGUGAUCCCUAACUCUACUCACCUGGAGGCCAUACUGGAGAAGUAUAUGAACAAAGAUGAUGAGUGGUGGGUGUCCAAACAGAGAGGGAAGAGAGCCAUCACUGACGGUGAUAUGCACCUCAUCCUCGAUUUGCACAACAAGCUCAGAGGUCAAGUUUAUCCUCAAGCUUCAAAUAUGGAGUAUAUGGUUUGGGAUACGGAGCUGGAGAGGAGUGCUGAACACUGGGCACACACCUGCAUGUGGGAGCAUGGACCACAACACAUGCUAACCCAGAUUGGACAGAACCUGGGUGCCCACUGGGGAAGAGACCGACCACCAACAUUUCACGUCCAAGCCUGGUAUGAUGAAGUGAGAGACUACAGCUAUCCCUAUCCACAGGAAUGUAACCCACACUGCCCUUUCAGGUGCUCUGGUCCCGUCUGCACUCACUACACACAGAUGGUUUGGGCAACAAGCAGCCAUAUUGGAUGUGCUAUCAAUGUGUGCUACAAUAUGAAUGUGUGGGGCAUGAUUUGGACUAAAGCUGUGUACUUGGUUUGCAACUACUCACCGCCGGGAAACUGGUGGGGGCAUGCCCCAUACAAACAUGGCAGCCCGUGCUCUGCCUGUCCGCCCAGCUACGGUGGAGGCUGUAGGGACAAUCUCUGCUACAAAGAGAACGGAGUACAGAGACGUCCUGCCCCUGAACUAGAAGAGACAAAUUACAUCGAGCCGGAGUCACAGCCAGAACCGAGGGCCCAAGAGCCUCGGGUGAGACCACUGCCCCCAACACCAUCAUCCAAUGACAACGUGGAGAGGAAUGAGGUGGUCAGCACAGUGCAAAUGUGUCAACAGAUGGACUGUGAGACCAAGCUGCGUGAUCGUUGUAAAGGAACCACUUGUAAUAGGUACGAGUGUCCUCCUGGAUGCUUGUCUAGCCCAGGGAAAGUAGUAGGGACUGGGUAUUAUGAUAUGCAAUCAAGUGUUUGCGGAGCUGGUUUGCACGCUGGAAUCAUAGACGAUGGUGGAGGCUGGCUGGACGUUACAAGACAAGGAAGAAAAUCACAUUUCACAAAGUCAUACAAAAAUGGUGUUCAGUCUGUUGCGAUGAACAGGAGUGCAAAUUCCUUCAACGUAUUUACUGUACCAGUAAAAGCAGUCACAUGUGAGACCACCGUUGCACAGUUCUGUCCCUACAAAAAACCUGCACGGCACUGUCCAAGGAUGUAUUGCCCCCGCAAUUGUCUGCAUGAGACCCGUGCCAGAGUCAUUGGAACACAAUGGUAUUCGGAUAAAUCCAGUAUAUGUCGAGCAGCCAUCCAUGCUGGUGUCAUUCAGAAUGACUCAGGAGGCUACCUGGAUGUGCAGCCUGUGGACAAGAGGAGACAGUACAGCGGUAGCUAUCAGAACAGAAUCUCUUCAGAAAGCCUACAGAAUCCCUCAGGUGGCAAAGCAUUCAGAGUAUUUGCAGUCAUUUGAAUCCACAUUGCAAGGACACUGGCAAUGAAAAUGAGCACUUGUCAUUUAACACCCAGUCAUUUCACGGCCAGUAAUUACACUGCUUAUGGUUUCCUUCUCUUGCUAAGCUGCACCUCAGCUUCUCAAGGCUGUUCAAUUCACUUUGGUCACAACAUAUAUAAAGAUACACUGUUCAAAUGUAGAUCUUUUAAGACUGUAUAUUGGAUGUAUAUAACAUGUUGUAAAUAAGUUGAAUGUCUAACAAAUGCAAUCUCUCAUAGAUAUUUGUAUCAGAACAGAAAAAUAUGUAAUGUGCAUGCAUGGUAAAGGUUUUAAUUCUAUGAUAUUUCAAAUCUUGUAUUGUUUUUUUAAUUUGUAAGUAUUUUAUACAUUUUGAUGACUGAUGUUGAUGUUUUAUUUCAUGAUACAAAAUUGUAUAGCCCUUAUUCAUAGAUUUUUACAGUUCAAGCCUGGCUGGCCAGGAGUGCGUCAGAGAAUUUCAUAGCACGAACCACAUGGUGAGACACACAAAAUAUGCAUUAUUUAUUUACAUUUGUGAAGAAAUCAUUGUUAUCAAUGGUCAAUUCUGGAAGGACAGUUGGGACUUUCAUAGCAUGUCUUUUAGCUGAACAUACAGUAUAGCAAUUAUUAUAUGUUUCAUGAUAACCUUAUCAGUUCUCCAUUGAUUGCUACUGUUCAUAAUACAGUAGCUGUAUGGUAUGUAGUUUAUAAAGCACUACCUCACGUUGUUAGAAAGGCACCAUUAAUGUACUGGAAACUACUGGUAUCCUGUCUGGAUGACAGAGAGAGUACUGUCUUACUGUCCUAGAUCCAACAUGUGUUUGUCAGGUUCACAGGGCAUUACUGUGGGAUAAAGGGCUAAAUCCUGGUGUAUUCAGUAGUUGCUUUUCAUAUUUCUACAGCCCCCCCCCC